AUGACUGGGCACAUCACAGUAUGUGUGAUACUGUGCUCGGUCUGUAUCGCAGCACUGUUUCCGGCGGAAGCUCUUCACAAAACGCAUGUGAAGCAUCGACAUGUGACUGAUGGUGCGCUGAGCUCGAUAAACAAGGCUGCGCCGCGACUUCAACGGAGUCUCGGUUGCCUGGUGAACACAACAUGUAAUACUUCGGGCACUUAUCAGACCUCAGGGACACUGCGGCGGAAUCGCAGUGAGGUGGCAUGCGGAGAUAUUCGCCCCGGAGUAUCGCACAGAGCACAGUCAGCCGGUAGGCGCAAAAUGCGAAGCAGCAAUCAUGAGGCUACGUUUGUGGGUCACAUGAAUGUGGAGCCUCGAGUGGAACAACACAUGGCGCGAAAACGUGCCGCCACCGACAAAUCUAGCACAGGUGCCUGGGGUGGACGUACCAAUAGUCGUCUGCAAGCAAAGGAUCAUUUUGAGAACCCUUUCCUCGAAAAACCAAAACCCAUAGAUUUGCCGCCAGACGAACUUGAACGAAUUAGGGAUAUGCUCGACCGAGUGUACCCCGACGAUGCGAAAGAGGACGAAGAUGAGGCGCACCCGCUCAGUGACGUGUUGCUCAGGUACUGGGGACGCAAACCCAACGCAAGGGACUGCAUGAUGCAGCUUGUAGACAAGAUUCUGGAGGAAAAGGAAACGACCGAUGACGACAUAGAGAUUUGCAAAAGGCUGGGAUUAGAGCCACCUCCAACCAUCAAACAUGAACUUGCAUCCGCCAUGCUCAGGGAGAUGUUUAAUAUGCGGCAGAAGCCGAAAUCGUUCAUACAAACUCUGGUGGAGGCUCUGGGGCUGAGAAAACUGAUGCAGUAUAUCCGAGGGAAGAAGGAAGGUAACGUAAAGAGCAAGUGGCCAUUUGGCAUAGAGCUCAAAGACCCCAAUAUGGAGAUCACGCCACUAACUGAGAACGCGCUGAGGGGCUAUUUAGGGUUGCCGUAUUACGACCACGUUGCCGAUUUGGCGAAACGGAACCCGGAAAACGCCAGACGGAUAUUGACGAUCAUACACCGCAUAUACAAACCGCCGAUCCUGUUCAUCGACCUCCACCCCGACCGCGAACACACAGACCAAGACUUGUACAUGGACUCAGAAAACCUCAAAAGGGCACAGGGAGAGGCAUACAAACACUUCGUGAACACGUAUCCGGACCUCAAGUGGCCGGUUGAUGAUCAAAGUUUUCUGGAUAUAUACAACGUAUGGUACCCGGAAGACAAGGCGGUGCCGGCAGAUUCGCUGCCAGACCUCAUGAGGGAGGAGUACGGGCCCGGCAUGAACCUCAUGCCGCCAAACUUCUACUACAGGUUCAUCGGGGUGCCGGCGAUAAGCUGUGCUACCGGCGCCGCUUUCGGCGGGCUGCUGGCGAGCGCAAUUGGUGGUGUCGCCGGACUGGUAGGCGGGAUCGCUGCGCAGAAUUUGGUGCACGGCAUCGUUGGUCCCAAGGCGUGCUCUGUUGCUCUGGCAGGCGCCACUCUAGCUGGGUUGUCGAGGGACAUGACGGUGAAGGGAGACUUGUUCAACGUGGCCCUCAAAAACCUUGUUGACAACGCAUUCGAGGACCCGCGAGCCGUAAUCAACGCAGCGUACAGCGGGCUGGUUCCGAAGGACGAUGUCGUGAAGGGGUUGGAAAAGUUCACCAUACACUGCACGCUCACAGCGUUCAGCAGGGCGAUGCGGUUGGCCAGGGAAGGGAAAGGUAUAAAGACAUGGAACCUGCUGGCUAAGCAAUUAGGACGGGUUGCAGAAAUAUGCUUGCCGAUAUGUGGCGCAUCCGUAUACCGAGUGAUAUACUUUGCAGCGUGCGACCUCGCCACAUCGAACGACCUGCCGUGCGCUGAGGGGGACGAAGUUCUGGGCAGGCAAAUCUCAGGUGAUCCGGAGUUUUCAGAUGAUGACUAUACGGACCUGUACGAAGAAGGGUGCAAAGAAUUGGGGAUACCUAUGCCUGACGUGGCGAAAUUCGAGCGCACUGCCAUGCUGUUCACAACGUUCGUUCUGCAGGCGUUCGGUGGUAUCCAGAAUUUCAAACGGAAGUCGGACGAAGAGAUCGACAAGUACAAGGAAUUCGUAAGGGCUCUCAAGGAGUUCGACGUGUCAGAUGAUGCGUGGGACAACCUCAAGGACGAGCCCAUGGCGACGUCGACACUUGACGACAUUGAAAAGUUCGCAAGGGAACUCGACCAGAUCGGCGGCAAGUUCAAAAGGAUAACGCUGGAGAGGGAAUACGGCGUGGACACUCACAACGAGUUCCUCGGCGAAAGUGAUGAAGAGAAACACCUCCGGAUGCAAAUUGAGCUGCAGCAAGCCAGGGACGCAGUAACCGAUUUGGCCCAUAAGGUUGGGUACAAAUUGGAGAUGCUCAAAGCGCUCUCCAUGGCGUUGCACGUCAGAGAGGAGUGGCUGCUGCCGAAGUAUACCCAGUUCCUCAAGCAGCAAUGCGUGGAAUUCAUUGCUGCUGAGAUCCGAAACCAGACCGGUAACCUGGAGGAAAUGAUACAGGGGUUCCAUAUAGCGAAAAAGCAUACUGAGGAAAUCAAAAACGAAGCGAUGUUUUACCUCACCCAGAAAUUGCACGAGAACAAAGCACUGAACCACGAUGAGGUGCUGGAGAUGGCGAGGGUGGCCAAUAUAUCCGAGCAAGUGACGCUCGAUGCGUGCAGUGUGGCCAUGUACCAGGACCUCAAAGACGAACUGGCGACGUGGGACCUCACUGCGGUGACGCCAGACCAGAUAAGGGAGAUAAUGCAGCGCUAUAGGUGCAGAGACCUAGUUUUUGUAAACGCUAUAUGCGACGUUAUCAAGAAAACGGCGUCAGAGGCCAAAAAGGAAAUGAUUAAUGCCAGGAACAAACUUAAUUGGAACCUCGUCGAAAAAUACAUGAGUUCGCUGCUGCGGGGCAGGAAUGCCGUAGUAAAUGCAGCUGCGGACACCAUCGACUGCAAGCUGUGGUACAGGCUUGAGCGCGCUUUCAGGCACAACCUUCAGUACAUUGACUAUAAACUUGGCAGGCACCAAAUCCUGGGUACGGGGGAAGUGGCCAAAAUUGAGAACGCCGACUGGGAGAUGCUCGACCCACCGCCCCAAAAGUCGGAGUGGAAACAGCUCGAGGAAGAAUGGGAGGCCGACUUGAAAAACGUGGAACCUCUAAAAAUUACAGGCGAGGAUAGCUUGACGCCCAUUCCGCUGCAGAUGGAGCUCUCGAGGAUGGUCGAGAGGGGAGAACUCGACCCCCGGCUGGAAUGCGUACCGAACGAGUUUCACAUUGGAGAAAGGCCCAAGGAAUUGGAAUAUGAACCCGACUACAAGUUUCCCGAGGACCCGCACGCCCUUGACCGCCCUAUAAUUGACAGCCGGUUGGCCUACGCAUGUUGGGUGGUGUAUUGCUACCGCAAGAGAGCCGUAAAUGAAGAAGACAUCAAGACUGUGCUGACAAUCUUCCCGUUUUUGAAGAAGCUAGUGGAGAAGAGUGAUGAGCACUGGCGUCGACUAUACGCAAGACAGCGGCUGAGGCAGAAGGACAGCUUGGGGUCGAACGUCGAUUGGUGCCGGGAAUUGGACUGCGACGAGGAGAUGGCCCAGAAUGUAUGCGCCGUUGCCUACGAAGAAGAUCUGCUGAAGCGUACCGGAGCUUACGUGGAACACAUCGAGGAUGACAUCGGUGACGUCGAGGACCACUAUUUCAAUCCUUUCGACCCAUCAGUGUACAAUAGGAUAACGUAUCUGUACUCGUCGAAGGUGCCGUCCGAGCUGGAAUUGGAGAACAUAAAAAAGAUACAAGCGUUCUUCAAGCUCACGCCGCAAAAGAUCGCGGAAAUACAUACCAAAUGCUUCUCGCAUGCGCUCGACCUGCAUUGCGGAGCCGUGAUGAAGCGUUCGCCGCAGGACUGGCCGAAGGCCGUAGAGGAGGAGCUGAUGCCGCUAGCCAAGGAACUGCUCAUACAGGAAACGCCGUUCGACAUGAUACUCCGUAAGACCGAGUACGACUACCUCAUAGUGGAGGCGAACAAAUUGAUGAUGAAACGCACACCAGGUCGGCAGUUCCUGGACAUGUGUGAAUUCAUAAUCGACGAAUUCAAGAGGCUAGGGGUGAUGUACAUGGCAGACGGAAAACGCAGGAUGCGCUUCUCAAUCAGGGCCCAAAACAGCGCCAUCAUGGAGGAAAUCAUGGGGGCCUUCAUUAUAUCGCAUGUAGACGUGCAUGGCAAGGUGGACCAGGAAAAACUGGACGAGCAGUGCGCCGUAUACGGACUCAUCAAGGAUACGAGGAGGGAAGUGCUCAACCGACUAGGCAGGAAGUUUUAUCACAGGUUCCUGCAGAAGUUCAGCAACGAGGAACUCUGCCUGGAAUCACUCAACGAAGUCGAGCACCUGCACAGGGCAUACGAGCUGGGCCCAAAGGAGGUGGAGGAGAUAUACAAAACGCAUGUAGGCAUCCGCAUACGUGAGUGGUAUGACCCGGAAAGCGGACUUGAAGCUAUGAAGAAACUGGUCACCAUACUCCGGGGCCAGGACUUCAACAAGUUCAUACCGUUUGAGAGGUCCAGACGCAUACACUGGUUCAUCAAUAUCAUCAACGAUUGCAUCAACCUCGGAGAGGACAAGGCGGAAACAAGGGUAUUCACGUACCCUCUGGAGGACUUCUUCGCACUACACUUCGAAGGAGGGGAGGAGAACUUUGACUCCCUGCAAGGGAUAGUCAACCUGUCCAGACGCGUUCUCACCUUGACGCCGGAAGAAUUGCGCGAGGCCAGGAUCAUAGUUGGCGAGGAAAUUGGCGCAGCCGCGCUGAAUAACGUCCGGCAACGGCUAUUGACCAGAGAUGGCGUGUAUGCUGCUGACACCGAGAUGUCCAAGUUCAUCCGGGCGAUCGCAUUCGCGCCUCCGGACGAACUUCAGACGGUCAAGAAGGAGCUGCCUCACAUCAAAAAUCGUGAGGAACUCAGAAAAGUGAUCAUGUUGAUACCGUGCUCCGACGAAGCGCUGGCCAAGAGCCUCAGAAUGCUAGACGAACUCAUGCCGGCUUCAUAG